CGUUACUUUAAAAGAGAAUGAAGUCCCACCUGGCGGCAAAAUUGACUAAACCGUCGUCACUGUUCAGGAAAAAGGAAAAACCCUAGCAAUGCACUUCUCUCUGCAAUUCUCUCUCCCUCCGGUCAUCACCGCACUCUCCCCUCGGUCAAAAUCCUUCUCGCACCAGCCACACCACCACAGGAUCAAGAAGCUGACCUCGCACGUGCCGAAAUCCCCACUCUGCUCCACCACGGAAUGCGCACUGAUCCACCAGUGCAAAGAAGAAGAAGAAGAAGCCUUUGAUGGAAGAGUCGAAGACCAAACGCUGCCGUUGGGACUACGGCCAGAGGCAUUGCCGAGACACGUGGCGGUGAUCAUGGAUGGAAACCGGAGGUGGGCCCGGUUGAGAGACUUGCCCGUGGGGUCCGGUUAUGAGGCCGGCGUACGGUCCUUGAGAAAGAUUGUGGAGCUCUGUUGCGAAUGGGGAAUAAAAGUUCUCAGUGUUUUUGCUUUCUCUAGUGAUAAUUGGUUUCGUCCCAAAGUGGAAGUGGAAUUUUUGAUGAGUUUGUUUGAGAGGGGAAUGCAGGAGGAUACGGGAAUUUUCUUGAGGGAAAACAUCCGAAUAUCUGUUAUUGGAGAUUUAGCUAGGCUCCCUGAGGCCCUUCAAGAAUUGAUAAUCAACUUGGAGGAAGCCACUAAGAACAACGCACGUUUUCAACUAAUUGUAGCUGUCAGUUAUAGUGGACACUAUGAUGUUGUUCAAGCUUGCCAAAGGCUUGCACUGAAGGCAAAGUGUGGUCUUAUUGAGCCCAGUGACAUCAACGAGUCUUUAAUUGAACAGGAACUAGAAACAAAGUGCACUGAGUUCCCCUAUCCUGACCUACUCAUACGGACCAGCGGUGAGUUUAGAGUUAGCAAUUUCAUGUUAUGGCAGUUGGCGUAUGCUGAACUAUUCUUUGCACAAUCACUGUGGCCUGAUUUUGGAGAAGCUGAGUUUUUAAAGGCAUUGCUAGCCUUUCAGAAAAGGCAGAGACGUUAUGGUGGAUGAAGUGUUUUGAGUAUACUUGGUUGAGAUUUUGUUAUUGCACAUAUGGAAUGGACAGGGAUUUGUGGUGGCAUGUAUGAAGGGCAUAAUAAGAAGCUUCAUAUGGCCUCUGGAGUAUACCACUCAACUUGCUCAGAGCAUUUUUUUGAAGUGAAUUCUGGCAUCAUAAUGGAUACACAUCCCAUUCAAGUUGGAUGUUGAAUACGCUGCAACAGGACUGUGUGGAAUCAGGUACUGACACUGCUAGCAGCCUCUCUUGGAUCUUGCAGUUGCGUGUUGAACUUUGAUAAGGAAAGCAGGAUCUAGUAGCUCUGCCAACAGCUGUUUGCACAGUCUUUGUUCCUGCCUAGGCAUAUGGAUGUUGGUGAAAGCAUAAAGCAACACAUGGGUCUGCUUUCACUUUUAACGACACCUUAAAUAGGUUUUAGUCCUUUCGUAGAUCUAAAUGAAAAAAGGGUAUUCUUGUUUUCUUUUUUUUUUAAUUUUUUUAUUUCAUUUCUUGCUUCAUUUUUAUUAAUAUUUCGAUUCGAAAUUAAGAAGGAAAACCUAUAAGGUAUUCAUUAAUUAUGAGAUAAUCAUACCCGGA